AUGCUAUCUUCUCCAGCACGGCUGAGAAGUUCUCUAUCUGCCUCUAGAAAUGGACAAAAAUUGCAGACUCAUGUCUGCCUCUGGGCAUUGCACAAGCCAGCGCUACGGUCAAGUGCGCUACAAAUAACCUCGUUUUCAAAUGCCAGUGCUCAGAAACCAUAUAAUCUACGAUAUACUCCCCGGUCGUACCGUCGAGGUUUCCACCACUCUGAAUAUGUUUCUUCCUACUCUUCGAACGCCCUCCGGGAAUCGUUGCUCAAAACCGAGAUAUCGCAAGCCGAAUUACAAGGAGAUGGUGAUAUAUACGACUACCUUCGCAAAUGGCAGCAAAGGAACCAGCACUUGAUCAAUGAAAUGGAUCCGAUCCAGGUACCUGGCGAUGGAAACAACAGAACAGCCCUUAAAGGUGAUAUGUUGAAAGACGGAGUGGGGAGCCAGGCGGACAAUAUUGAUUUAUUUGACAUGGAUGAAUACCGCCACUCUCUCGAUGAGGAUGCGGGCUCGCGCUUUCUCCAACCUGGAGACUUGGUUAUACUCAAAUCGGAAUCAAGUUUUUCAGAUGGUCAGCUGGCAAUAUACGUACGGUCAUUGGAAAUGCAGCAUCAGUUUUAUACAAUGAGAGGGAAAUGGCGCUCUACAAGCCUCACCAAAACGGAAUUUAUCGCUAGCAAGGUGGCGACACUAGAUAUGUUGAAACUGCUUUUGCCCUACUUUCCAUCACGAAGAGUCGAAAAGGCCGCUCUGUCCCAGUUAGGAGAAGAGGGCGGUGUUCCACGCCCUAUCGGUGCUCACCUCAUUGAGUUAAUGAUGGGCUUCAGUGCUGAAGCAGAAGAAUUCCAUCGCACUCAUGCAAUCGCUUUGAACGACUUGUACAAUAAACUUGUUGCUGAUGAGCGUAUUCCCAUAAUGACCCUAGACGAAAUUGCAGAAAAGGCUCUUGGACUUGAUCCUUCCCAAUUGGCAAUCCCACAGAGAUGGGCUGUUCAAAGAGCAAUAGGUCGCCUAUCAUUUUUCAUCACUCCCAAUAAGAUUGGUCCAUUCACUGAAUCAUAUACCAUUCGGCCGAAAGAUGAAGCCAAGAAGGUCGCCACAGUCAUUCGCUGGACUCGAGAAUACCAGAAUCGGAUGAAGAAGCUCUCCUUAGGGGAAACCAUACUUGACAAUGGUAAACAUCCGAUAGAGAUGUUUAUCCUGAAGGCCCGACGAAUCAUUCACAAAAGCCGGCAGUCUAGAUCGCCAACAAUGGUUUUCUCAGUAGGGCCAAGUGCGAAAAAAAAGUUAGCUUCUGUUGACGAAAACGGAAGUUCUUAUUCCAAAGAUGAAAUCGAAACAUUUUCUGAAACGGACAAAAUUAUUCUUGAUUACUUUCGCAUGUGGAUGCUUCCUCCCUGUCUCAUGACGGCUGGGACUUUGAGCACAUCGGGUUCUACUAUCCUUCGCGCCAUCGGCCUCUACAACGACUUGCGUUUGACGCCGCCCACAGGGUAUUUGUUUUUGCAAGAAAUUGGUGUCCUUACUCCGUGGGAAAAUCUCCACGUCCUUUACGAACAACUGGCACUUCCUGGCCAUGGAAUUUCCCGAACUGCAGACAUGAUAGAGGAGGAAUCCAACAAAUUCUGCGAAAAUCUUGGACCAGACAACCUUUCAGAUACGAUGAAGGCUCUAAGGAAGGACUGGGGUGAUCUUCCUGUCUUCUGUGUCGAUGAUGUUCACGCGGCAGAAAUCGAUGAUGGGUUUUCCGUCGAGCCUAUUCCCGGUUCUGAUGAUACGUACUGGGUUCAUGUUCAUGUUGCCAACCCGUCUGCGUUUGUCCCUCCCGAUCAUAUAAUUGCUAAAAGAGCCGCCGAAUUCAAGAGAUCGUUUUACUCCCCCGAACGAGUCUAUUCCAUGCUACCUCCAGCUCUCGUCCACAAAUAUUUUAGUUUGGCUCCUGGCCGCCCAGCUUUAACUUUCAGUGCGAAGAUUAACAUGCUGGGGGAUAUACUUGAAACCAACAUAACUAACGGAUAUGUCAAGAAUAUAAUAUACGUCACGCCAAAUAAAGUCCGAAAACUUUUUGGUAUUAAUAGAGAGGAAGCCCCUUCCCUGACUAUAUCCUUCGACGGCAGAUUGCAUGAGCAACAUCCCGAAGAAGCUCAAAAUGAUAUCCGUGACGAGCACAAAUCAACUUUCUAUACAUUAGAAAAACUAAUGGCAGCUCGCCGUGAGAAACGAGUGGAUAAAGGUGCUCUAGAAUUUCUAUCCCGCCGAAAGUCCCAACCAAGAAUAUAUGGCGGAAGGGAACGAAAUUCAAUGCAUUCUGUCGAUAGAACCAUUGCAUAUCAUUAUACUGGAGAUCCAGCGGUUCACUUCAACAAUAUAGUAACUGACCCAUUUGAGAUGAUGGAAUCAACAAAGGAGGAUCUUGUCAACCACGUCAUGGUACUGGCUGGCGAGGUUGCUGGCCAAUGGCUAAAGGACCGGCAAGUCCCAGUAGUUUUUGCUGGUACGUGGUAUCACCCAGAAUACUCGCCGUUCGUGAGGGAUAGCACAUCAGCAGAAAUAUCCAACUCGUUCCAUCUCGGGCUUCCAAGAUCCUUUUCGUCGUCGACUCCAACACCUCAUGUGUCACUUGGGGUUGAUCAAUACGUGAGGUGCACAAGCCCACUCAGACGAUAUACCGAUCUCAUUGCCCAUUGGCAAAUAGAAGCAAUUCUUCGCCAGCAGGCAAAUGAACCAUCAUCAGUCUCCAUGCCUGAAAUUCCCAUUGAAAGCCUCCCGUUCAAAAAAGCAGAUAUUGAUCAAUAUAUAGCUCGCUCUGAUUGGCAGAAUUGUCUAAAGACUCAAGCACAAAACCGUUCCCGUGACUUCUGGAUCUGCCAGGCUCUUUUCCGGUCGUUUUAUUUCAAGGCGGCAAAGCUACCGCAGACUUUUCAGUGUAUCAUCCAGGGCGAGAACUUUGAUACGCCGUACGAAUUUGGUGCUGAUUGGGACGAAUACUACGGUAGACUACAACCAUUCGAUCUACAGUGUGUAGUCACCCAUAGCAAGACAGCUUCACCCAUGCAAAUAGGUGAUCUGGUGGAUGUGGAACUUGUGUCAAUUGAUAUGUACUCUCUUCGAGUGACUGUUAAGUUUUCUCGUCAUGUCAAACGUCCGGAGAACGGUGCGCUUGCAUCGAGAGGAAUAAUUCUUUAACUCAGCUUUACGAACCGGUCUAAACGGCGGUGCAACAUCGGUACACCAGGAUUUGUAUGCGGGCAAGUAAUGAACAUAUCUGAACAGGAUUGCCCGGGCUUGUUCAGUUCGGCUCCUACUCUGACGAGGCCGAAUAUCGCAAUGUGUAUAAUAAUACCAAAUAUAUCGGAUGCUCGGGAUUUGGUUGCAACAGGCACGGGAGUUUGGAUUUAUACAUGGGAGUUUCGGGUUUUUGAGCCAUUUAGAAGGUAGUUCUUGUAUCAAUAGAUGGACUGUGUACGAUAUUAAUUACUCAUAGAAUCAAUGUGAUGAUGGUUGGUUGCCAUUGUCAGCCAGCCUUCCAACAACUU